AUGUCACAGAGCUCACGCUCAAGUUCUCCAACAACACCUUCACAUUCAAAUGUUCCUUACAGCCUUGAGCAAGUACAUUUCAUUCAGUACUACCGAGAGGACAAGAAAGUGCAAUGGCAAGCCAUCGUCCAGCCCUUCAAGAGACAGUUCCCCCGAGUUGUCUUCCAUCAGAGCAGCAGCAGCAGCAACAGCCCAAAGCGCGGAAAGGGAGCCCUGGAAUGCCGCUACUACCGGGCGCAAAUGUUCCCCAAAAUCGAUGACGAGGGUAAUUUCGUUCGCGACCAUAAUGACGAAUAUGAGAUGGUGAACAUCAAGGUGCGGGAGAGGAUAAACCAUCCCUACAAAGCCAUUCUUGAUGAUUAUAUCAAGCUGGACAAAGCAGAGGCCAGGGAUAUCAUUGCCAAUCGCGCAAGACAGGGCAGAGGGAACUUCCAGGAGCUAUUAUUCGAGUCCGAACAACAACCUUCUGAAGCAAUUUAG